GCAGGUACCUCUGUCAAGAUAGAAAAAUACGCACCCAGCCCUCACCAGCAUGUCGGUCGGAUUCAGGACAAACACGGUGCCCCUGGAUUCACCGCUGCGUUGGUCCAGUUUAUCAACAACAUCCAGCCUCCGGAACUACGUCUCGGUCGAGCGGAUCUGGCGCAAAUGUUCCUCCCUUUUGAAAGGGUCGACGUUUACCACCAAUUCAAAUUCAAACCAAUCGAGCUUUCAGAUGGAAGAGAAGAGCUGGACGCCGUAAAGGUAAUCCCAGCACGUCCCACAAAGCAUCAGAAGGCUCGUUUCGACACGGUGUGUAGGUUG